UUCAUAUCAAGAUCAUUCAAAGGCUCUCAAAUUCUCUCUCUCUCUCUCUGAUACCUUCACCUUAAUUCUCCAUGGAAGCAACUAGUAGUAGUAUUAGUGUAGCCCUACAGCCUCCAACUUAUGGGAACCUAAUCACCGUUCUCAGCAUUGAUGGCGGUGGAAUUAGAGGGCUUAUCCCAGCAACUAUUCUUACAUUUUUAGAAUCUGAACUUCAGAAGCUGGAUGGUGAAGAAGCAAGAAUCGCAGAUUAUUUUGAUGUGAUUGCAGGAACAAGCACAGGUGGUCUUGUCACUGCCAUGCUGACUAGCCCAAAUGAAAAGAACAGACCCUUGUUUGCAGCCAAGGAUAUCAAGGACUUCUACCUAAAACAGGGUCCUAAAAUCUUCCCACAGAACAGAUGUCCAUUGUUUCCCCAUGUUACAAAGAUAAUAGAAGCCCUUUCCGGGCCAAAAUACAACGGCAAGUAUCUCCAUAGCCUUGUCAAGGAAAAACUUGGAAACACAAGAUUGCACCAGACAUUGACUAAUGUUGUCAUUCCAACAUUUGACAUCAAGCAACUCCAGCCAACCGUCUUCUCCAGCUUUGAGGUCAAGAAAAACCCAAGUAUAGAUGCCCUACUCUCGGACGUAUGCAUUGCAACCUCAGCAGCACCAACUUAUCUUCCAGCUCAUUACUUUCAAACCAGACACCCCUCAGGAGAAGUUAGAGACUUUAACCUCAUAGACGGUGGCGUUGCUGCAAAUAAUCCGGCUUUAAUUGCCAUUGGUGAAGUAACAAAGGAGGUGAGUAGAGGAAGUCCAGACUUCUUUCCCAUAAAACCGGAGGAGUUUGGAAGGUUUCUGGUAAUAUCAUUAGGAACGGGGUCUUCGAAAGCUGAAAAGAAAUAUGAUGCGCGUGUGGCAGCUAAGUGGGGUGUUUUGAGUUGGUUAACCGAAGGUGGUUCCACGCCUAUUUUUGACGUUUUUACGCAAGCAAGUGCAGAUAUGGUCCACUUCCACCUCUCUACAGUUUUCCAAGCCCUUCGUACGGAGAAAAGCUACCUCCGGAUUCAGGACGAUACGUUAAGGGGGAAUGUCUCUUCUGUGGAUAUAGCCACAAAGAAGAAUUUGGAUCUUCUUGUGAAAGUUGGCCAAGGGUUGCUCAAGAAACCAGUUUCUAGGGUGAAUUUGGACACGGGCGUUUUCGAGCCUUCUAGCGAAGAGACUAACGAAGAGGCUCUCAUAAGGUUUGCGAAAAUACUGUCCCAAGAGAGGCUGCUUCGCCACGCUAGGUCCCCCCAUGGACACAUGGUGCCGUAAAUUCCAAACGAUAUAAUUAAAUUAAAGUGAUCCGACUAGUAAAUUCUUUAAUUUAUAUAUGGCCGGCUAUAUAUUCUAGCUAGCAAAAUGUUUAAAAUUUGAGGUGGACAUGUACAAAUAAUCAGGCCACCAUUUGAUUCGUUUUUAUAUUGUUUGUUUUAUUGUAAUUUCUACAAAAUCCCAGAUGCAUGGGAUAACAAUGACAAAGGUCGAUGUAAGCAUUUUUAUUUUCAGCAGUGUGAUAAAUAAAAAUAAGAAAAUUAAUUA